AUGAUUCAAAUAUUGAAUUCUGGGUUGGUUUCUGUGGCUAUCGUGAUCACUCUGAUUUUAGUGAUCGCUUACAAAUUUUCGAUUUUUAUUAAUUCUCUCGAAAAAUUUCAAACGUAUAUAACCAAUAAAGUGACGGCUAAAGGUGGCGAUGAUUUACCAGAUGUCUUAGGUGGUCUUAAUGCUGCGAUAACUGAGAUGAUGUGGAGCAAUGCGACUCGAGUCCUUAUUCAUAUUGACUGCGCCACCACAUGGCCGUCGUUUACUAACUUAAAUGACGAUUAUCCAGACUGUGAUCCGUAUGGUCUAACCGCAGAAA